GAGAUGGUCUUUACAGAUGGCUGGGGAGGGACUCCUUCCAGGUUCCAGCAGGCGUCCACCGUAAAGAAUGACAUGGCAAACACUGGUCCGGCUUUGCUUCGAAAGUCGAAGUCUGACAGCGCUCUGCACGGGCUUUCUCCGAAAGCAUCCUCGGAGAAUGUACGUGCUGGCAGCACCAUGUUUGGCCUGGCUCGAGCUCAUAGGUCUGGUGCUGUCGUCGCAGGACGCACGGACUUCGUAGAUCAGGGCAAGCUGGUCAAGGAUAUUGACAAGCUGACCAGUGCCCUGGGUGAGGUAAAGACCAUGUUCGAGGGCUUCGAUCCACGACAGUCUCCGAAGAAGAAACCGACCUUCAGUGAUCUACUAGCAGGGGGCAAGGCCCAAAAAAUGGGAGCUGAAGGUGAGGCAGACAAUGACGGCGACGAGGCAAUGCGGGAAGCGCAGGAACGUCUGGCCGAGCGGCUGCAGGCCUACAAGUAUGCGAGGCGCAUCGAGCCAGAGCUGCCCCCACUGGCCCGGUUGCCAUCAAGUGGCAUAGCGCCGAGGAAGCCUUCGCAGACCUUGGUCGUUCGCAACACAACUCCGGAGGCCAUUCGAAUAUGGUUGCCAGCAAAUCGCAAAGAGCGAAUUGCAGCAAUUGCAGAGGAGAGGUCAUACCGCAGACGCUUGUAUCAGAGCCAGCGUGAGCGGAUGGUAGAGGAAGCUGCAGAUGCGCUCAAAGAGGAGAUCGAUCGCAAAGAGCAGCACGCAAAGCAAGCAGUGGAGAGCCGCAAGAUGCAGGCGAAACUGAAGUCCGAAAGCAGGGAUUUUCCGGCUGCGAAGUGGUUCACGCUCAUUUGGGCUGUUGGCUUCUUGCGGCAGAUUCAGCAGGACGAGAAGCAGAGAAAGAUCCCAGUCUUAGAGCGUGUGGAGUACCUGAAGGGAAACGCUGACAAUCUUCUGGUCAAAAGGUCUAAGCUCACGGGCUCUCAAAUGAAGGAGGCCAUGAGGAUGGAGACCGUGGUCCAGAGCCCUGCGGUAUCCAGGCUGUUCACCAGCUAUGUGGCCUCCAUGAAGAUGAAGAGAAAUAUCACCAAAGCCAAAGCCAACGCAAAGAAAGUUUAUCAAGCUUUGCGCAACUGGCAGGUGGCUGGACGUGUCAUCUUCGCCCUGAAGAAUGUCGCGUUCCAGGCAAGAAAGCUGCAGAGAUUCUGGAGAGCAUGCUCUGCGCGCCUGCGGGAGCAACGCGACCGCCUGGCGCAACGCUGGGAGAAGCUGGAGCGACAGGAACUGUCGCAAGAGCUCUCGAAGUGGGAGCGUCCUGCCGGCCAGCGGAACUCUGCCGUCGCUUUGACGUUGGAGGAUAAGAUCUCCAUCGAGCUCACGCCGAAGGCGGUUCGGCUGACUUUCCUGGAGAAUGAGCUCAGGGCAAGAAGAUACUUCUUGCUGCCUGCGAUUGCCAACUGGGAGCAGGAAUGCAUCAAGUGGAAUGCGGAGUAUGCAGCGCGAUUGGAGACGAAGCGGGCGUACCAAGCGCUGGGACAAGAAGAGGGGUUUAUGGAGAAGCCGGAGAAUGCCUUCUCGUUCCCCCCAAGCCGACCCAUGCAUCUGCCACCUGCACAUCCGCUGGGUGAGGCUGCGCGGGGUGCCAUUUGCUCUCUUGGAUGUCCCGGCAGAAGGGGUGACGAGGAGCUCCUUGAAAUGUGGCGGCGAUGCCGACAGGAUCCCACCAGCUGGAAGAAAGUUCCCAGGGCGGGAGCGAAGGAUUUCGUUCUGAAGAAGACGAAAACCGACCGCAGUCUAGCUGAGGACCAGCUUUGCCUGUGUCAAAGAUUGCAACUGCAAGAUCCAAAGCAAAAGUGA